UAUCAUUUAAAUUUGUUUGAAACAUGGAAUAACCUCAGUAUUGUGUUCUGUGUGUUCGUGGGGGAAAAAAUACGGAAACAAACGGAAUCUCCCGAAGUUGUACACCCCAGCAACGGGCACCUGUAUACAACAUGGUGGUUAAGAUGUGUCGUCUUUUGAAGAAAGUUACUGAUUAAUCCCAUGUCAGAAAGAGAAAGAUAUUUAAUUGUGUUGGAGCGUGCUAUGGAUGAAGAAACUGUUGUUGUCUGACAUGUUUUCGCAAUGAAAACCAGUUCGUCUAAAUAAUACACACUGUUGCUAGUUUUCGAUUGUCGAUAGACCAAAUAAUAUGGGGACUGAAGUUUGCUCGGUAAACCUUUACAUGAAGAAUGCGUAUUCGCAAAAUGCUAAGUUUGACAUCAGCCAUGGCAGUGGAGUGUGGAAAGUCUGCACGCCACAAAGACGAGAAUCUGACCCCGCGAUUAACAUGUCAAAGACACCACCAGAAACCUGGGAGCUUGACGUUUGCCCACUAAUAGGCUCCAAGAAAUGGCUCCACAAUUACGGACUGAAGAAAAACAGGCUGACUUUGGUUCACUUGUUGCCCCAAAUAGGAUUCAAGCUCAGUGAUGAUUUUGAUCGCCAGUUAAAGUCACCAAUCAGUUCUCGAUAUGGAGGUGGUCUGUUUUCAAAGGUGCUCCGGCCUGACGGCAAGACAUUCAAUAUAACUGGCAGUAAAGAAAAACUGCACCAAAUCAAAAAAAGACUUACUCAGGCCAUUAAUUUGUUCCGACGUCGUCUCGAGUGGCUGACCACCGAAAGUCGGCGGAUAUUCGGUGUAAUAGAAGAGAAGUCAGUGACUAUUAUAAUGGACAUUAAAAAUAUGUCUCCUCAGCAAUUUGAUCAGUACAGGGUAGCUCUGGAAAGAGUGUUACGAGAACAAGUGAUGCAGCUUGCCAAGUUUAACAUUAUACGAGCAUCUGAAGACAUGGAUAUGUAUAACCCCCAGUGUGUUCCUGUAACCCAUGACACGGUGGAGAAUGCCAUACAGUGGAUGUGGAAUCUAGACAGGCUCGCCGCCGUUUCCAACACGGCAACCUGUGAGGCAGUUCUACGGGCACUUAAUGACAAAAAUAAUGAGGCAAUAUAUCUGUUCACAGAAGGUACAUCCGUUGACAGUUCAAGAGAACUUCUGAAAGAAAAGAUUGUCUCUGCCGAGCUGAAGCUGCCAAUACACAUUGUCUCCUUUAACUGUGACAGUUCGGACACCAUCAAGUUCUUACGGGACUUCACCAAGGUUACUGGAGGAAGGUUCCAUGCCUAUGCUGUUGUGAUGGAGAUGGAUGCGUAUGAGUCACAGCCAGUAGACACCCUGACAAACAAGGCGAACAUCGUUCUCAAGAAGAAGACUUACGGGGGACUCCCCUCAGGGGUUGGGGUCCGGGAGGACAUUGUGCUGAUAUUUGAGGAACUAGAGGAGGCUCGCAACACACUCAGUCAGAUCCAGGUGCUCAUCGAACAAGCUCCAGAACCCAAGUCCUUUGUUCUGAAAACAGAGACUCCCCAGCAGCGCGAGAAGACGGAGGCGUGCCUGAGCUCGCGAGAGUGGCUGGAGAAGUACGGACUGUCAGCUCAGAGACUCGGUCUGUACCACGUGCUGGCCGGGGUCGCCUUCAAACACCAGGACGGGGUGGUCGAAUUGAUGGACCCACCUCCACAAGACACACAGACAAAUGCUAUCCCACGUCCUAAGCUGGUUCACGCUCGAUACUGUGAACAGUUCCCUGUGGUCCACUGGAAGGACGGAAGUGUAGUUCACGUCCAAGUUACCCCGGAGGUUCACCGCUCCUACGAAAAGAAGAUGGAGGUCGCUCUUAAUAAGAUACAGCAAAGAGCCGACUGGCUACAGCAAGGCAGCAGGGCUCUGUUUGGGAGCAUCAUAGAAGACCAGAUCUACAUCCUCAUUGACACCUCAGCAUCCAUGCAACCCAGCAUUCAGUUCGUCAAGGACAAGCUCUUUGUUCUCAUGCAGGAACAACUUCGCCAUAAAGCUAAAUUCAACCUGGUGAGUUUCAAUUCCAAGUCGACGGUGUGGCGAGACCGACUGGUGCACAUCAAUGAGAGUAACCUGCAGGAAGCAUGGGCCUGGGUGCAGGGUCUGUCGUGCUGGGGAUCCACCAACACGUACGCCGCCAUCCAGCAGGCAAUGAGUGACCCACAGACAGAGGCAAUAUACCUGCUCACUGAUGGAAGACCAGAUCAGCCACCAAAGUCCAUCUUAGCCCAAGUUCAGAUGCGCAACAAGGUUCCAAUCCAUGCAAUAUCUUUUAACUGCAAUGACAUUGAGGCCAACCGCUUCCUGUUUGAGCUGGCACGUGUCACCGGGGGCCGCUAUCACAGCUACUCCGAGGAUGGAGAUGAUAAUGAGCCAACAGAUGAUCAACCAGAAACUUACGAGAGUGAAGACAUCUAUUUGCUGCACAAGGAGAUAAAACAGGGUCUGGAGAACCUCGACCAGCUGGCUAAACUAAGAGAUGAAUGUUCAGCGAUGGCGUGGAGACGGGAAAUUGAUGCUCUCAAGAAAUGCAGCAAAGACCACACACUGUCGGAUGGUGAUCGGGUAUCUGCAGUGCCAGCGCUGGAACCCACAGACCUGUACCGCCCCAACUCACCCAUCUCUCGUCCACAGAGUGCCCCUCCUCAGGGGCCUCGUCACAUUCCCACCCCUCCCCCAAGACCCUCCUCGUCACAUGGAUUCCGACGUAGCUCUUCAGAAAGGAGGACAAGUGUAAGACCACACUCGGCCCGUCACAGACAUCACCGGCCUCUCAUUGCCUCUUCUUCCAAGAAAAAGAGUAAACCUAAACCUUUAGUGCAAGGUCACACUAAAACCAGUCUUCUUCGAACCCUCAACAGCAGCGGUCGUUUCACUUCCAGUGAAUGGCUGCUUCCAGAAACCAAACAGCUUUUCCAGACUCAGGCCCAACGACAGCAAAAAUUGCAAGAACAUACAGUGUUCUGCUAUCACCUAGAAGCUGAUGCUAAAUAUGAUGAAAAAAGGAACAGUUGCAGAAAGUUCAGAAAUAAUCGUUUGCUGAGGGCAAAUGAACUGUCUUCAAAACAGUGGCUUUCAAAGUUUGGCUUGGUUGCCAAGAGACUAACGAUUCUCGAUGCCUUAUCUCCAACGUUCAUUCCACACAAGUCAACUUAUGUACAAAUUCUGGACAAGCAUGUGGUGUCUAGAGUUUUUGAUGAGAUCUUGCCUCUUGCCCAUGUGUCGAAUAGAAAGAGGAACGAGAUCCGACUGAUUAACCCGUCUGGUGUGAACCUCAAGUCUUAUGAAGAGAAACUUCAGCAAGCCAUUGAUCUCUACAAGAGGAGACUAGACCAGAUUGUGUGGGAUGUUCUUCCAGAGCAUGUCAAGAAUGAAUACGAAAACAAUGGACCAGUUUCUUUUCUCAAUAACCGAGAACAUCUAAUGAAGGCCCUUGAUGAGGCCAACUGGCCGAUCAGAGAGCAGGAAAUUACACUGAUGGAGGAAGAAAUAGGACGGGCAUUGUCAUUCCUCCAGCAGUCGAAAGAUCUUCGGAGAGAAGCAUCUGAUGACUUUGUGGAUGAUCGUGGCAGUGUGACUCCCACUUCGCAGGCUAGAACAACGGCUAGGGACGAUGAGGCUGUGUCACAAAGUGCAAAAGAUGAGAGUAAAGAGAGAGAAAACAAGUCUACUGAGAAAUCCGUCCGUUUGGUGCUGGAAACAUUACGCAAUCAACAAGUGAUUGCUCGAAACAAAGACGAUGGCCUGUACCAUCCUGGUGUUGUCAAGAGUUGUUGCAGUCCUCGCUUUGCUGUUGUGAUGGAUAAAGCAACUGGUAUCGAACGGAGCAUUCCAACACGCUUCAUUAUUCCUAUCAGGGGAGCUAUAGCUGUUCCAGAGCUUCAUGCGGGGGACUGUGUUCUGGUGCGUGUGCUCAACUUGGAGUCGGAGAUCGAGUGCUAUGUUCCAGGAGUUGUCCAGUUCCCACCCCGCCGUGAAUCUCAGCAUCCGGCUUUUUACAGCGUUACGCUGUACAACGAACAAAAGGUGACAACAAUGAGGAAGAACCUGGUCAAGAUAAGCCAGGAGCGCUACAACCUCGGUGUAAAUUACAUUUGUCGAAUUCACAGUGACAACGAACUUCAUUACAGGCCAUCAAAUCCCACACCUCCAAUAAGUGAAGAUGAAGAUAACGACAAAGACACAAGAAAUGAUAAGGACUCUGACUGGGAGCGAGAACAAGAACAGCUGAGACAGAAUUUGGAAGAGAAAGAGGAGGAAAACCUUGGCUGGAAACAGGAAGCAGAAGAGCUAAAAAGACAAAUAAAGGAAAAACAGGACCUAGAAAACGAGUUACAACAGAAAACUGAAGGCUGGAAACAGGAAGCAGAAGAGCUAAAAAGACAAUUAAAGGAAAAACAAGACCUAGAAAAUGAGUUACAACAGAAAACUGAAGGCUGGAAACAGGAAGCAGAAGAGCUAAAAAGACAAUUAAAGGAAAGACAGGACCUAGAAAACGAGUUACAACAGAAAAGUGAAGAUCUGAGACGGAAAACAAAAAAGCUGAAAAGACAAUUAAAGAAAAAAGAGGAUGUACAAAAAGAGUCCCAACAGAUGAAUGAAGGCUGGAAACAGGAAGCAGAAGAGCUGAAAAGACAACUAAAGGAAAGACAGGACCAAGAAAACGAGUUACAACAGAAAAGUGAACAAUGGAAAGAGAAAGCACUGUAUCUCCAAAAACAACUGGAAGAACAGCAAAUGAAGAGACAGAACCUUGAUGUGUCAGAAAAGGAUGCUGCCAGCAUUACUCCUAGACCUGUUAUUGAAGACAUAGCACUUGAACAUGAACAAGUCACUCAAUCACCCUGGUUGGAGCUGAGAAAGUCACUACCCAAAGUGAAAGUAAAAGAAGAGGUAUUAGCCAAAUGGCCAGAUGAUUGCUGGUACUACAAAGGAACUAUUCUAAGCUGUGACAACUGUUUGUAUCAAGUUGAAGACAGUACUGGAGAUGUUGAACAGAUCUGGCGAAACGACAUUAUCACAGAUGAAGAUGAUGAUAAAAACAUCAUUCAGGUCAAUGAUUAUGUUGUGGCAGCUUAUCCUGGUUACUCCUCGAGCUAUGCGCCUGGUCAGGUGGUUAGGGUUUUCUCUGACCUGAGCAUGCAAGUCCGUUUCUAUGACUCCAAAGAAGGCACAGUGUUCAGAGACCAAGUGUUCAAACUGAGCGAGGACAAAUACAGAUACGACGUCGAGGACAUACGUCGGUGUGAAAACCGAUGGGUUGGUAGAGCAGCUGUCGUACGAAAUGAUGACACAGGGGUUUAUGAGUUGGCUAACAUCAAGGAAAAAGACUGUGUAGGCCAAAACUACACUAUCGAGUGGCCCGAUUGUUCUCAUUCUCCAAAAAGCCAAAAUCCAAUACACAUUUUUGGUGCAUUCACCCGACAUCCCCCACUGAAGAAAAAUGGAUACGUGCUUGCCAUUGCUAAUGACAAGACAAUGGAAUACCUGCCUGGUCAGGUGACCCACAUCCAUAAAUCGAAAGACUCGUUUGAUGUUGCUUUCUGUGAUGGCACAGUGAAGAAGAUUCCACUUGAUAGGAACUUGUACUACUGUCUCAAUAAGACAUAUUAUGAUCAAGCUGUGACCUACUUUUUGGACAUGAAAGAACGGAGAAGAUGUGACAGUUUUUAAGACUGGCACUGGUUGGAGAUGACAUUCUCAUCACAUUUAUACAGAAUCUGAAUUUGGUUACAUUCAUGACGUUGACAUAUUGCCCUAGUGCCUGUUGUACGGUUUCAAGCCAGUUGUUUGUACAGCUCUAGACAAAUAUUCUUUUAGUUUGCUUGUUUAAUGGUUGCCUAUUGAGCAAUGUGCUACAGUGUUGUUAACAUUCUGUCCAUUCAUAGUGUUAUCUAAAUUAUUGGUGAAUUUGAACACAAUGCUAGAUAUUGUGGAACAGUUGAGUGACCUUAACAAUAUACUGCUUGUUCAUCGCUUGUUCUAAUUAUUUUUUAGUGUUUUUUUGAGUGUAUUUUCUUGUGUAGUAUGUCUUGUUUCAUUGCCUAAGCAUUACUGAAGAUUAUCCUUCAAAUAUUGGGCUGAAUUUAGAAAAGGGGAUAAUUGUGUUCAAGUCUUAAAUGUGGACAAAAAUGAGACUUGUGUCAUUUUAACUAAACACCCGUUUUAUCGUAAAUCAUUAAAUAUAUGUAAUUAUUAUGUGACCGUUUAGAAAAGUGACACAUGACUAAGAAAUAAAAACUUUUUGUAUGUUUGGCCCUUAGUGUACAUAUCUUGACCAUCAAUUAUUACAAAGUGGUUUUCCUUAAUAUCACUAUUCCAACAACAGCCAUAUUGCAGCCUCCCAUUGUUUGUAUAUUUUUGUUAUCAUCAGUAGAGUGUGUCUUAUGAUAAAUAAGAAAACAUGUACAGAUCAAGGGAAAUUAAUUUAAUGUUGAAAUUUUUAUAAUCAAUCAUUUAAUGAUAGACAUUUUAAAGAUAACACAUUAGAAUUGACUAAUUCACUCUUAGUCGAAUGGUUAUACAUAAUGUAUGUUUGUCUGUGUUUGUGUUAAUUUCAAAGUAAAGGAAGUGAUGCUGCCAACUCUAACCCUCUUUCUCCCAUUCCAACUGUAAGCAGGGGUGUGAUUUUUUUAGCUAUAUCUAAUUUAAGCUUCUUCUCUUUUCACUAUAAAUUAUUUUCACAAAGUAGAUUGGAUAAGAUGUGAAAUGCUGAAAAAUAACCUUUAUUUAGGUAUAAUUUAGAGGUUUCAGCUUUUUAAAGAUCAUUUGUUUAUGUCAUCAGACAGCCGUAAUGUUUAUGACUUACGUUAGUGUUUGACAAAUGUUUGAGAAAGUCACCAGCCCCAACAGAAGCCUUGAUUAGUGCCCUAUGUAUUAUAGUAAUGCAGCUGAUAAUUUCCACUAGCCCAGACCAAAAAUUCACUAGGCGGGAUCAAGGGCUGGAGGAUUUGUCAAACCAUGAUUACAUUUGGCUGUUUCAAGGACAGUUAGGCUAUGGGGCAUAUUUUGUGACUCACUGGCCACAUUUACUUCUUGAAAAAAACCAAACAUUUCUUGGUUUAAAAAACAACAAAAACCCCCAAACAAACACAAGAGACAUACCCGUCCCUUGAACAUUACGUAAUUGUAAAAACUUCCUUACAUGUCUUCAUUCCAAUAGAAUAAGUCCACAAGCGUCCAUGUACAAUUGUUUAGUUUAUUAAAGUAUUAUUAACCAUAUUAUUGUUAUCAAUAUAAGUUAACAUUUCUAUAUCGUCUUAAGUGCCUCAUGGUCUUAAGAAACUAGAAUAUCUGUGAUAAAAUGCUUAUAUACAUUUAGUAAUAAAUCUGAACCUGUAA